GACCAGACGACAGCCAGCUGUAGCAGACGACAGUUUACUGUAGUUACGCUCCGACGCCUGGUGUCAAACUUGGAGGAAGUUAGCUCGUGUAUUGAUGUAAAGAGUGGAUGGACAGGCGUCCGUGCGUCAUGUGAUUCACGGCAGGUGAUUCACGCACCUGUAAUGCAAUCGGACAUAGGUAUACCUUUGCUCAUGUGAAAGUGACUCGCUAUCGCUGAUGGACAGACCAUCGUUCUCCGGGAGUUAUCUCAUGUGACACAGACGAUUGUAACAUCAUGGGGGCUACAGAGAGAAGCGGGGACCAAUAUGUGUUUUCCUCUGCCCCAAGUGUACCGAGGGAGAAGGCCCCUGACAUCCUGGUCAAAUUCCAGGCGGUCAGUAGAGAACAUCCAUGCCUGCGAAGCUGUUCCCUUUAUCUCAGUUCCAAGUCCAGUUUGCUCGAGAUCCGCAAGCUCAUAUACAGGACCUUUGCACCAUGCUACGAAAAGGGAUUUAUUUUCCUGCGGAAGAACAAAGAGGUGGUGCGAUCCAGGGAGAGAAUUCUACGUUUGUUUGACAUCCUACCAAGGCCACCUUCUAAAGUUCAAAACCCUGCCUUUCGAUAUCAGAACGUACAGUAUAAAAAGUUGACGUUCGAGAAGGACGGACGUCGCUAUACAUCCAUGUGCUGUGGGAUGGUGUUCCUGUACGAGGACAGCGGACUAAGUCACUGGAUCCCUGACACCCUCCAGGACGCUCUCAGCGCUCCCACCAUCUUCGGCUUCGAUUAUGUACCUUGGAGCAUCACAUCAGCCAGGGCAGAAAGUGAUGAUGUGUCAGUCUAUGCACUGAACGAGUAUGCUGCGCUGGGCAAGGAAAGAGAGCUUGCAGAGCUUCUGGAGACGAUCCCACCAGAAACUGAACUACAACAUUUCAGAGACAGUAGAGCUGCGACUCCUCUACACUAUGCAGCACAGAAUGGUCACGUGGCCGCGUGUGAGCUUCUGAUUGGUCGUUUCGGAAGGGAAAUACUGUACAUGAAAGACAUCAACAAGAGAACACCCCUUCAUUGUGCAUUGACGUUUGGAAAGUUUGAAGAAUCGGGGUUUGAGAAGAGACAAAGUAAUGAAGAUGGGCGUCUUUAUGCCAAAUUUGAUGUGGUUUGCUACCUUCUCCAACUUGGACCUGAUUUACAGUGUCAGGAUAUUCAAGGACUCAGCUGUUACUGGAUACUUUUCACUCUCGGAAAUAAGUCACUAGAUGAAGUCAUUAGGAGGACAGAUCUAAGUCUCUUGGAUGACAAGUUGAUCCUUCAUCUGACUUGUUAUUCCCUUCAGUACAGGAAACUGGAAUUUGCACGUGAUCUCUGCAAGCUUGUGAAGGUUUUCGACUCAGUGUUUUACCUUCCACCCUUACAUCUGGCUGCUGAAGUUGGAGAGAAGGACCUGGUUGAGUUGUUGCUUCGCAAGGGAGAUGGGGAUAACACCAUAGAGUCUGAUGUCAGAAACCAGUACGACCAAGACGUCGUGAACGAGAACACAACACAGGGACAUGAUCCAAAAGAAAAAGACAAAGAUGGACAUCUCCCAUUUCACUAUGCCUGCCAGCAUGGUAAUGCAUCUGUACUUUCUCUGUUAUAUUAUGAUGAAAUGUCUGAUGACGAUUUUGUAAAAGGAAUCCGACUAGCAGUCCAGUGGAAACGAACAUCUGUUCUUCAGACAAUUGUUCAAGCCAGGGACCUCUUCUUUCUUGAUGCCAGGACCAAGCAAAUGAUCAUAUGUGAAAUUGAACAAAACUUCUCUGUUCACCCUGAACGUUCAGUAGCGCUUAUGCCAUGUUUGAAAAUAGAGGCAAAGGUACUUGUCAGGUUUGUAUCUCAGGCUACUCGUGUUGGAGACAUUGGAGCUUUAAAAUGGCUAGCAGAACAGGGUACUAAUUUGAAGCAUCCAGACAUAAUGGGAAGAACCCCUCUACAUGAGGCAGCACAGAUGGGACAUACUGAAUGUAUACAUUUCCUUUUAGCUAGCAGUGCUAAUCCAAACGAUGUUGAUUGGAGAGGUUCAACUGCUCUUCAUUAUGCAUGCAUGUCAGGACAAGUCAACUCUGUGAAGGUACUUCUUGAAAAUGAACGAACUGUGCCAAAUGUGAAGGAUGUUUCUGGUAGGACCCCAUUGCUCGUUGCAGCACACAGUAAGAAAGUUGUACUGCUGAAGACUCUUGUUAACACCUACCUCAGACAGCUAGAUCCACAUGCUCUGGAUUUGAAAAGAAGAUCCAUCCUUCACUACCUGUAUUUAAUGGACGUUGAGACAGCAGAGACAAUGCUAACCCAGAUGAAGGAUAUACCAAUCAUUGAGGAUGCUACACUUGAAGUGAAGGAAUUGUCCUCAUUUGUGUCAAUAUGUGAGAUGUGGAGAGAUCAAACGCUUGAUUUGAAAGAAAAGGGUAGAAAACUAAGCAGACGGGAAGUCAAAACUUCAAGAAUGAGAUGCAAGAAGUGUGGGAAGAUUUGGACUGUUCUUGGAGAUCGCAUCAGAUGGUUACACAAAUGCAAAUCUGACAAGGCCUUGGAGGAAUCACUGGACUCACAAAGUCACGCAGGCAAGAUAGAUUCGCCAAAAAAGACGAAAGUGCCACCAGUAUAUAGUAAGAAGGAAUAUUGUGAGGAGAUAGAAGCAAUUCAUGGGCCAUUCAAAACAUUUAAAUCCAGCACAGAAGAAGUCCAGUCCUUACCUCAAAUACUAAUUCUAAUGAACAGGAACGAUAUCUUAGUACUUAUUGCAAAUAUUCGCCCUGAACUCCUACAGAACUGUGCAAAACAUGCUGCUUUAUUUGCAGCUUGUAAUUGGCACAUAGAUAGUUUGAAAGUCCUGAUGAUCUUUUUGGAGGCAUCUCAAGAAGUUCUUACAGCACUCUUGCAUCUAGCCUGCUUGCAGAAACCAUCAGACUCUGUUCAGGAAGAACGACAGAUCAAUGUUGUUAACUAUCUCAUAGAUUUAGGAGCACAUCCAAAUCUUAUACCAAAGAAGAAUGAUCUAUACAGCAUGAUAGCUUUGACAGCUUAUGAAAAACGUGUGCUAUAUUACAGUCCUCUAGAACUAGGUGUUAUAAAUCAAAAUACAUCAUUGGUGGAAGUGCUGGUGAGAAAUGGAGCAUCAAGUUCAAUAUGUUUUGCUGUUCAUCUAGCAGCUCUGAAUGGUGAUGUUAAAAUGUUUGAUUACUUACUCAGAGAAAGGAAAGAGGAAGGUGAAUCCAUCAUUGGAACAAUAGACAAUGUUGAUGAACUGUGGCGUGUAUGUUCUCUGGGAAUGGGUAUACUACAGGCCUUGUGUAGUGCAAGAGAAAUAAGCUUGAAACACAUCCAUUCUGUAGUACAGGCAAUUCCAGAAUCUCUCCAAAGCAAGAAACUUCUGACAAGAAACAUGGUUUCUGAAAUUCGCCCAGACAUUGAUAUAUCAUCCAACUACUCCCUUCUUAAAUGCUUCCUGUUCAAAUUCUCUGAAAGAAACAACGACAUCUCAUCACUACCACAUACAUGGCUUGCAAACAGGUUAGGCAAGAAACCAGAAAUUGAAUAUGUGGUUAUGGAACUACUGAAAAAAGGUCUUUAUCUGGAUGAAGUGCGUGUUUCAAAGAAAAGCACAAUUCACAUUUCAUGUGAUAUGUUUAUGACAGUUAUCAACAAAAGAUGCUGGGCAGCAGCUGAUGAAGUUCUCAGAGUUGGGGGGAAUACUUUGUGGAAGUGCCUCCUGACCAAACACCAUUCAUGUCACAGACACGUUUACAAUAUGGAAAAAGAAGACACAAAGUCUUAUCCUGUGCUCUUUCAGACGUGGAACAAGCUGUUUGGGUACGCUCCGUUGUCAACAUUGAAGCUUUUCUUUCAACAAGGACUCAAUGUUGUAAAUACACUUGACUUUGAACAUCUUGUGAAGAAAUUGUCUCCUCUGUUGAAAGAAUCAGACCACAAAGAGAGAAUGUUUAGUGAAAAUAUCAUUACUCAGAUUGCAUCCCAUCACAUUGAGGGUCUGGAUUUAUCAAGAAGGUCUAGCUUCACAAUUGCAAAACUUUUGAUCCUCUUUCCAAAGCUCCUUCCUCAAGUUCUAGACAAAGCUAGGAACUUUCAGAAUCUUAAUGAAUGGAUGACUGUCAUGCCAAGAGAUGAGUUUACUCAAAUGUAUGUCAUGCACACAAAGGGCUGGCACACAAUUAAACUUCUCAGGAAUAUGACACAAGACAGAAAACUGUUAUUUUCUUUAUCCACCAUGGGACUGUCAACACUUGAUAAAGUCAUAAACAGUGGAGCAUCUCUUUUGCACACAGUGAGCCUUCUAGAUGAUGUGGAGCUAAUGAAAGCAGUUAUUGAUUGUGUUGAUCCUCUGUCUAUCAACUUUGAGGAUGCACUUGGAGCUACAUGUCUUGACUAUGCUGUAGCCAUGGGCAAUGAGAAAACAGUAGAGUUUCUGUUGAAGAAUGGUGCAAAUGUUUCACAGCAGACUCUGCUUGCUGUGUGUGUUGGCACAAGAUUUUUGCCUUUUAUGCAGUGGAAGUACACCAAAUCCUUGAGAGUCCCUGAAGACGAAAGGCAAACAAGGGACCUGAGGACACUGAGUUCAGUUUUGCAGAUUGAUGUUAGCUAUCAUCAUCCAGUGUUUGGAAACUUGUUGAGAGUAGCUGUAGAAGACACACAUUGGCAGUUGGUUCAAUUCAUCCUUGAAAAUGGAACAAACAUUUCUACUGACAUCCUCAGUGAUAGACUGGUUAUCCUACCUCUGUUAGGAAGAGGUCCCUGGAAAACCUGCAGCCAUCUGUUAGAAAACCACGGACAAAAUCUCAUGACUGGAUCUUUUGAUGUAGCACAGGAGGCCUUGUUUACUGCCAGUGUUAGAGGUUCUGAACAAACUGCAUUGAUGCUCUUCAAACUUCUUACUUCAAGAUAUGCAAAUCAGCCUGGUCUUUCAGAUUCCAUUGUUAAGCUACUUACAUGGGAAAAUAGCCAUGGAAUGACAACCUUCCACAACGUGUGCCAAAAUGGAAAUAUUGAUUUUGUGAAAUAUGCACUGAAUUUGCUGGGCACACAUGGAUACAUUCCUGUUCAAAGUGUUGUUAAUGUGAAGGACCACUCAAAAGUGACACCCUUAUGGUACGCUCUCGCAAACAGGCAUUUCAAUAUAGCUGAAGUAGUUUUGAUGCAUGGUGGCAUCCUAAGCCUGAACAGAUCCGUCCCUGAUAUGUGGCCAAAGAGGGUUUUCACUCAUGAACACAGCCAUGGCCAUGAACACAGUCAUGAAGAAUGGUCACGGCAUCGUGAUGCACAAAUACUGAGAAAUGAUUCAACCAGGGUAGCAGAAAUAGUGUCUCCAAGGACUAUGUUAUUUAAAGAAGUAUACACAAAAUCCCAAAGGGCUCCUCACAAGUAUACGUCCGUGCUGGAUCACCACGUGCCCAAAGUAGUUCCAUUUGACACACUUAAACAAAAGGUCCAAUAUUUACUAGACCUCUCAAACUAUUGUCAAUCCAAUUCUUCCAGCAUGUUACACGGAGCUGCAGCCACUGGUGACACUAAACUUCUCCAAGAGAUGUUAAAUCUGACAAUGUCUCAACACAUGCUACAGCUAACCACAUGUCCAUCACCAUUGGUCUUUGCUGUGGCAAAUCAUCAGUACCAAUCAUUUGAAACAGUGCUCAAGAAGGUCACCGAUGAACCUGAACAUUUAUAUGAUAUUCUGACACUUGCUACCUUAGAGACAACAGAAUUCGACUUGUUUGUACAGAAGAGGAAGAUUAAAUCUCCCAAAGAAAGGAUGGGCAAAGAUCUUCUGUCUGAGCUUCAAGGAAAACAGGAUGCAUUCAAGAUCUUCCAGAAACUCAAGAAUUAUCUUUCACAUGGGACCAGACUUACACUAUCAGAAAUUACACUCUUGGUGAAAUCAGCAUUAAAGAUAUGCAAAUCCAAUGUGCCAAAUUCCCUUAUAUCAGUUCUUGCAUAUCUUGGGAAGGUUCAGCCUAUAGAGGUCUUGCGGCAGACUGGGUAUGAAGAAUUCAAAGCUCUUUUUGCAAGAAAGAUAUCUGGUGACUUGUUGUUCACUGACCUUUUGUUCAUGUUUACAAAGCAUGCUAAGGAUGGUGACGUGAGAGACAGGGUAGGCGUUCUGCGAUAUUUAGCAAAUGAAGUAGAUCUAACACUAAGCACUGGUACAAUAGGAUUUGCGACGAAGACGGGUUUGUAUGCCAUGCUGCAUGAAGUCGUUAGGGACUACUCAGCAAAAGACAGAGCCUUUGAAACGGUUGAUACAUGGAUAGAAGUGCUAUAUGAUUCCUCAAAGAAAGGACAUCUUGAUAUUGUAACAGAAAUCUGUCAAAAACUACACACACGUGUGGUGUCUGACAAAUCAAUGGUAUUAUAUAGAUCAUUGUGUUUGGCAUGCUUCCACAAAAGAUCAGCAACAGUUGAUUAUUUCCUAGCCCAGCAUUUGAAGCUACAACAGGAAGCAAAGAACAUUACAGCCCUUGACAGAGGCAAAUGGGUCUUAGAUUUUGCUGUCCUUAGUGGAAGCAGUGAUAUUGUGCAAAAAGUGCUAGAUGCACUUGAUGCAAGUGGUACAAUCGAUAGUGUUAGAAUCAGAGAGAGUAUGGAACUGGCUUCUGAUCAUGCAAAUAAUGCCGUCAUUGUUACACUUGUUCAGUCCAGAAUGGUCACAUCAGUGCUUACAAAGGAUUUUUCAGAGAAGGUGCUAUUGAAGACAGCUGCAAGAGGUCAAGAAAAGGCUUGUGUUGAUCUCCUGAACAGCAGAUACCUUGAUGUAAGGAGGACUGAUCGGCAUGACAAUUCAGUGUUGCAUUUUGCAUGUGUUUGGAAUAUGAAGGCGCUUAUUGAAGUUAUUCUCAACACAUCUAAAGAUGAGCUCAAUUCAAGAAAUAAUUUUGAUCACACCCCAUUGGAUCUCGCAAGAUGCAUGGGAAACAUAACAUUGGCAAACCACCUUGUGAACAAUUACAAGGCAUUGUCAACGUUUGAUACAGGACAAACAGGCUGGUUGAAACAUCUCAUGAUGAAGAAUGAAUCAUCCCCUUCAGUACCAGGUGACCUCAUGCCACCUUACACGCAACAAAAGAGGCUUGAAUCCAAUGUGCAAUCCCUUGUUCGGCAUGGUGAUGAUCAUGGUGCAUUAGCAAUCAUGGAGACUUUACAAGAAAGACUUAUUCAGGAGAUGAUAGAUUCAAAGCAAGCACCUACACUGUUUCAUCUCUGUGCACUUUAUGGUUGUAAGAACUCUCUAAAAUUCCUUCUCACCCUCACAAAAGCACAUGAUCCAGAUAGACUAGUGGAGUGGUUACAUGAUGUAGAGACACCACCUUUGGUUUUGGCCAUGGAAAAAAAGCAUGUUUCAUGUGUUGAACUUUUAAUGGAAGAGACCAACUUGUACAAUUGGAAAUCUCCUUUGCAAGAAAAUGUUCUUCAUUUAGCUGCCCGUAUUGGUAUUCCUUCAAUCACUGAAACGGUCACAGUCAGAGCCCCUGAGGUAGCGUUUACUGCCAGGGAUAAAUCGAACUUGAUUCCUGUUGCCACGGCUGUUGCCUAUGGCAAUCAUCACUUGUUGCAAUAUCUUUGCAAGGGUAUAACAUUUGAAGAAAGUUCUCAUGCAUCUCACCAAGUGGCGGAUUAUGCUUGUGUGCUCUGUCUGAUGGAUUCAGCAAUUGGUUGGUCUAAGAUGUUCCAGAAUGGAUACAUGAAAACACCAAUGGUUCCAAAGAGAAACAUUCUUGCUAGAAAGCCAUCGAGAGUAGGUUUCUGUCUGGAUGUUCAUCUGAAGUUUGGAAAGAAGCGAUUCACACAUCCCCUCGACACACUUAACACAUGGUCUAGAAUAACCCAUUCUAAUGGUGCUAUGUUCAGUGCACUGGCAACAAUGGGAUAUGAAGCUGAUAUUAUAAACACACAAUUGUUUUUGUUGAAUAAAGAAAAAGAUGUUCUCCAAUGGGCGCUAAAAUCAAAUUUAGAAGAGGCAGCGUGUUUCUACUUCCAAAACACAUCACAUGGACAAGAAAACAUCGCUGAACUCUGCUGUUAUGCUGCACAAACAAAGAAAAACAAAUUCUUCAAGACCGUUUUGGAGAAAAGGUCAUUUACUGACUUAGUCACAGGGGAAAUGGCUUCACCAUUGGAAGUUGCUUUGGCAUACGGGAAUACAGAAAUAGUAUCUACUAUCAAGAACAGUGGGGCUACAGAGAUGUACCCAGUGCUACAAACUAUCCAAGGAGCAUUACCUGUGUCCAUACAAUGGAGAAUUGGGUUUUCACAUCCAGGUGAUUAUGGAUGGCAAACUGACAUGGACAAUUCCGAUUCCCGCAUGUCAUUUGCUGACGUAUUGCUGACCAAAUCCAAAGAUCAAGACAACAAAAUGAUUAUUGAAAAGCAGGCUGACCCUGAAGCAAUGAUACCAACACACUUCUUUGGAAAAGAACUACAUGUAGAUUUGAUGAGCUUUGAAAAGAUUCUUCCAGGUUAUUCAAAAGUGCAAACUCGUGGUCUAGCCAUGUCAAAGCUUGUUCUUGGAAGGUACUCAACUUACAUAGAUACAAAUAGUCAUGCUUGGAAAGCAGUAUCAAGAAUCAGUGUAUCAUGUAUCCAGAAGGGUUCCAUUGGCAGUGCUCAAGUAUUACUUUCUGGAUCUCAUCUUCAAGAUAAAAUCCAAAUUUCUGUUGAGGAUGCUGAAGUGUAUGUUUUUACGGGAGAGAUGCCAACUGAAAUCACAAAGGAAGCUGGUACCCGUGAGCAUAUUGAUGAGACAGUCACAAAGGAAAUGGAGAAUCUAGUGAAACGAGAACUGAGUGGUCUUGCUGUGACGGUCAGUGUUGACUGGGAUUCAGUCAUGGCGUCCAGGGAUAUGGGGAUUCAUUCACUUGUCAUGGGAAUGUUAUCAGGAGAUGCUGCCUGCAACAAACUUGGUGGACUUCAAAGUGUUAUACUUCGUUGUGGUUCAUUGUUGAGAGAUAUAAAAUCCCUUUGUGGUAGAAAAGCUGUCAGUUCUACAGUACAACUUUACUCUAAUUUGAAAGAAAUUACAGUCAAGUAUGUGACAAAUCUACCUAUUUUGAAAGCAGAGUCUAUUACAUCCAAUGAAUCAUCAAUGCUGUGGUACUUUUCAGUGAAAGAUGGCUCCCUUCGAUACAAUUCGGAUCAUUUCAUUUUAUUAAAACUACUGACUACUUGCAGAGCAGGUUACAACUGUCUCUUGCAUGGAUUCAGGAUAUUGACCAGCAAACAAGAUUACUCUAAUCCUACCAUGCAGAUUAGCCAAAACCGUAAGAAGCCAAAGGUUGAUGCGACAAUAGAAUGGGAAUCGUUUGAAAGCAUUGGCAUGGUUGGGAGAAUCCUUGGAUUCAUCAGGGGAUAUGCUGUUCAGGAACUUCAGAAGAUAGCUCAACUCUAUGCUUUCAUGCUGUGGCUUCAUUUUGAUAUUGAUGAUGUAUGCUUAAGGGUAACACGAAUGAAGGACAGGUCUGGAAUUUGGUUCAAGAAGAAAACUCUUGUGGUUAGCUUGAGGGUUACAAAGACUGACACGGGAAUGUGGAUGACUGAAGACAUGGACUAUUCCAAGUUCUUCUAUUCAUUGGAAGAAAAACAGAUUCUUGACCAUGUUGUACCCUUCAAGUUUGAAUAUCCUCACAACAUUAAGGACGUUACUUGGCCCAAGUCAGCACAAGUGCAAGCCUUGACAAGCUCUGAAAAACUUGCUAAAGCUACAAUGAAUCUCCAGGAGCAACUUGGCAUCAUUGUUACAGUGUCUCCUGUCGACUCUGACUGGCUAAAGAUCAUACACACAAAUGACAUUCGAGAAAUGACUCAUCCUCUACAUCUGAUUGGUAGAUACUAUGAUUGGUUGGCAUUUGGUACAUGGUAUGCCUUCACCCACAUGCUCCUGAGCAUCUUACAGGGUGCACGCGGAUGUAGAUACCUUGGUGAUUUCAACAUACCUGCUGGUGCCUGGACAUGGGUGACACACAAUGAACUGAAGGACAUCAGGAUGUCAAAGGUGCUGUUGGUACGACUGAAGCAAGCUGACACAAAGAAAACAAAGAUGUUCAAAAUAAGGAAAUUAUCUGAGAUUCAAGAAAUGAAUAAAGCAGAAGUUUGCGGCAUCUGGCAACACAUAUCAUUCAAUCAUUUCAUGAAAGAUGAUGAUCAUCAGAUUCAAAGAGUGCAACUUAUAAGCAUUAAUAAGAACCUGAUGUUUCUUUGUGAUAAACCUGCUGUUAAGCGUUUGCUUUUGGAAAUCCCUCACACAGUAAACAUCAAACCAAAUGACGGCACAGAUAAACUACAUCCUGUUGCUGCAGGAGUACUGGGCAUUACCUGUGAAGAUGUGAUUUGCCGACAAGGUUACUUCUACGAGAAACAAAAUAUGUGUCCACACAUGAACUCCUUACAAUUAAUGGUGAAGAGCAGUUUUAAGAGCAUAUCUGCUGUGUACGAUGUAUGGGACAUUGGAAGCAAACUCGGAACAAAUGUUGUGAUCGAUACUGGAGACUUUGAAAGUGACUCAAGUCUUCAGGUUGUGGGUUAUAUAAUGCAGAAGACACUUGAAGAAAUAGCUGACCUUCCAAAAGGACAUGACAAAAACAAGGACGCCAUAUUGUCAACAAUUGCUGAUAUUGGACACAUUCGUAUCGGAUUCAAACAUUCUGUGAAAGAUGAAGACUCUAUUGAAACAGUGAAAGGCACUACACACACUGAAACUGCGGACAUACAUCUUCUCUCAGAGAGAGAUCUGUAUAUAAAUUUCAAACCAAAUAUUCUUGAUACUGACUCAGAGCUCAGAACAAUAACUGAUAUCUUGAUUUCUGCAGUGUGUCGUACAUUCGAGUUCCAAACUCCUUUCUUCAUAUCUGAGGCUCUCUCUAGAACAUUAGGAAUGGAUAUGCUGGCUCAUGCCGUGACCGUAUUUAAGUUCCAUGGAAGAAAAGACAAGGAAUCCAUUCUUUCUGCGGCGGUACAGUCAAGGGUCAACUUCUCGGCUGCUUUGAAAACAGUUGCAGAGACCGAUGCAGAUGCCAAGCAACGAUUGCUCUCUGAACUGGUGUCACUGGAAGUAAAGGAGUCAUCAAGGGAUGGAUCCGUGGCAACAUUUGAGAAUGGCAACCUGAGGUUCUCUGUGUUAAAGGAUGAUGGCAAUAUUGCUUCACAGUCUGAGGUUGAAGAUGACCUCCUUGCUGCUCUUAAAGGAAGUACCUCGAACCGCUAUGACCGAUCUAGGUUGUCAAAUCAUGGGAGUAGCUAUCUGCCAAUGAUUUUAACAGAGGACCUGUUUCCAGACAACCACUCCGUGAUGACUAUCAGCUCUCCACCUAAGGUGAAGAAGGAACUGCCCAAAGUAGACAGACUACGACGCCCCACAGCAACCAGCAGGCUAGCUAUCCAGAAAGCUACAGACCGGCUGUUUGACUUUGUAGAGAUUGGACACACAGGAAAUAUUGAAAAUGUUCUCGAUAUUGGAGCUAAUAUCAAUGCGAAAAACGCGGAUGGUUGCACACCUUUGCUUCGAGCUGCUGAGUUGAGGAACUAUGUGGUCCAAAAUUUGCUGCUCUCUCAUGGGGCUGAUGUCUCGAAAACUGACAAGGGUGGACGCACACCGCUGCAUAUAGAGUCAGCUCACGGAGAUGUAGAGAGCAUAAAGCUGUUGCUGACAUAUGGUAUUAAAGUCAAUGCUAGAGACAAGAAUGGCCGCACUCCUCUCCAUUACGCUGUCAACAAGAAGCAGGUGGAGGCAGUGGACAUCCUAGUCUUCUGUGGAGCCGAUGUCACCAUCAAGGACAAGAUUGGCAACACCCCGUCCUACACGUGUAAGCGGCAGGACAUGCUGCGUCUCAUGCAGGAGUCGAGGCAGACAGUGUUUGGAAUCAAGAACGGUUAUGUGUUUAUAGAGCACACAACACUGGAAGCUGACUCCACCUAUCAUCUUAAGAAGCUGGAUCUCACCAUAAAAACACCGCUCUCCAUAGGCACCGGGUCUGUCAACUUCAUCGGUAGGCGUGUCCGACCCGAGUACAGUCGCAGCUCAUUGGUCCCGGCAGACAAAGAGCUGCUAAUGAGUGACGUGUUUGAGUACCGCUUGUCUGGCACGCGACCUGAAGGUCAUGUGACACUGAAGAUACCCGUAUAUGCCAAACCUGACCUGUUUGAGGAAGUGUACAUGAAAACAGACCGGGGUGUGUACAGCGGUUUAUUGAGGGACAUACGGUACGAGGAGGACACGAAACAGUGGUUCUGCUACGUGAAGAUGAACAUCUCCAACAUCAACGCUUUUCUCCUCGUCACUCUGCCCAAGGUAGAAAAGUUCCCGAUCACGCCAGCAGGGGGCGUUUUCACCUCCUCUGUGGACAACAUGGUGGAGAUCAAGAUCCUCAAGGAGACCUUCGUCAAGUCGGGAACACUCACUCUUGAGGUCAUCCCCAAACCUGCCUUCGACGAGGACGAGUUCUCUCCCGUGUUGUCCCUGUCCCACUUCUAUGACGUCAACCAUUCCAAGGGGGAACAACCCAAGCGUGACGUCCUCAUCACCAUGCCCACACCACAGGACUACUUCGGUGACGGCGAUCUGUACGUCAUGCUUCGUCAUGACGAAGUGGAUCAUAAACAGGAGGAGGACUGUUGGGAGAUACUGGAAAAGAAUCCAGUAAUAAACGGCGGACUAAUUACAGUUAAAGUUCCCCAUUUCUCUGAUCUUAAUCUUAUUGAGUACAAACAACCAAUGGAAGAUGCAAAGGUCACGGAAAAAGACAUCAUCCGCACUAAUGCUAAGCUUCUUGAGAAAGCAAAGCGCCGUGAGUGCAGCGUUGUGUUUAUGGCCAUGCUCCGGCCCAUGCAAGACUCCAACUGUGAAGCUGUUGUAGAGUGCACCAGGAACACACGGCUUCACACCAGGCUCCAGCACUGGAAGAUGGAAGGCUACAAGGACCAGAAACCCAGCUUCACCACCGAAUUCAUCUCCUUCCCUAAACAGGAGUUCCUCUUUGACAUCGGCGGCAACAGCCAGAAGAUCAACAGCGUGAUCACAAAGCUACAGUAUCACCCGAAAAGGGACAACUACUUGACAUUCCCAAUCUGUGCGAAGGAUGAAACCAGGGAUAAAGUUGGCUGGGUUGACAUAGGGGAAAAGAAGAGGCUUGAGAAAGAGUUUGCCCAGAAUCCCACCUACGACUCUCUGGCCAAGAUUCUGGUGUACCUGGCUGAUUUUGACAGAACGAAGGCCAACAAGAAAAAUGGCGAGACACAUACAAAAAAAAAUGAAACCACGACAGAAGAGGCCUUAGCGUUUGCAGGUUUCACAGACAGACACCUCCUUCAGGAUCUGGCCAGCAGACUUGGAUCAGAAUGGAUGAGGCUGGGGAUACUCCUGGGCUUCACUGGAGCGUCCAUCGACAAGCUGCAGAUUCAGGAAGACCUGGAGGACAUGGACCAGCGACUGAAAAUGUUGACACGAUGGCGUGAUCUCCGCCUUCAUCGGUCCGACCAUGGCGUCCCCGAGUUGCUGAUAGCCUUACAGAAAUCUGGGAGGAGAGACCUAGUGGCAAUUGUCAUCGCGGAGCUCAAGAAAUGGCUGGAUGAGAAGAAGGAGCGACAGGAUAAAUUCUACUCCUGGCUGGAGAAUGCAUUGACUGCCAAGGAAUCACAAACUUCAGGUCUCCUUGAGCCGAUGUCUGAUGCCUUCCUGCAGGCACUGGUGGAUGAGACGGGGGUCGUGCUAGACCUGGCUGGCGAUGUAGACGUGUCUAGACCGGAGCUAGACACUAUCCUUGCUGAUCCACUUGUUCCUACUGACCAGGCCAAGAUGAUCAAGGUUCUACAAACUUGUCGAGAUAAGCAGAGUUCUCGGGGCGAGGCUUUCAAGGCACUGACCGAGGGUCUGACGUCUUUCGAUCUGGCCCUUCCAAGGAACUGGAUGCUCAGGACAGCUAGAGAAUGGAUCAACAACACGGAGUUGUCCGAUGACCCGUUUGUACACGCCAUCAAUGACUACCUGGAGGAGGUGGAGAAGAAAUAUCUGGCACACACUUCCACCUAUGACGAAGACGAGAUCAAUGAAGACUAAUAUGUGACGAGAGAGAACAAGGGUGGUAUGGAAAUACUUCAUGUCGAAUCACCACAAGACAAAACACAGAAAAAGAGUUUAACCUCCAGACAAUAAGGUUACCUCGCAGCUGAAGCGUUGGAUAAAGUGGGAUAAUUCAUAUCUAUUAUUUCAUUUACUUGGAAGGCGUCACAGACUACACCAUGAUAGGUAGCAUGUGCAGCAAAGAAUACCGAGUUACGUCCCUUACACCACCACCCGAUGUGAUGAUAUUGACAUGACCCGCCAGCUGAAGUCUAGACUAAAAUCUAGUCUCUGAAAUGAACAUAUCGUACAUAAAAAAACCAGUUGUUCAGUUAUCUUAAUAUAAAUAUAAUAAAAAGGAGCCCAGUGACUCUCUUCAUUUUCAGAUACUGCAGUGAUCUAGACUUGCCAAACAUUAUAGACUUGCAUGGGCUGUAUUUGAUAUAUAUUUGUAUCAGGGUCUGUAAGACAGACUAGCUGAAGUCCUGCGAUAACACAAGACAAUGAAUACACCUACACUGUAUUUGUACCUGUGAUAAAUAUGUGUGAUUAUAUCAGAGUUUGAGUGCGUUUUCCAUUUUUGGAGUUUGUACAGUUUUGUUUUUAUAAUAUAUUUCUUUAAAUAAUUGGGUAAUGUAAUAUAACAAGUACAACAAGAAUAAGGAAUAUAAGUGAGUGAGUGAGUGAGAGUAGUUUUACGCCGCUUUUAGCAAUAUCCCAGCAAUAUCACGGCGGGAAAGAAUAUAAGUAAGCCCAGCAUGAACAAUGUGUAUAAACAUAGCAUUAUUGAAGUGCAUGUUACAGUUGUGUAACACAUGAUUGAUAUUGUAAAUAUUCGUACUUGUAUAUAGAUUGAAGAAACCAAGCUUGAUUGAAGUGCAUGUUACAGUUGUGUAACACAUGCUUGAUAUUGUAAAUAUUCGUACGUCCAUAUAGAUCAAGGGAACCAAGCAUUAUUGAAGUGCAUGUAACAGUUGUGAAACGCAUGCUUGAUAUUGUAAAUAUUCGCACUUGUGUGUAAAUCUAGGGAACCAAGCAUUAUUGAAGUGCAUGUUACAGUUGUGUAAUACAUGACUGAUAUUGUAAAUAUUUGUACUUGUAUAUAAAUCUAGGGAACCAAGCUUGAUUGAAGUGCAUGUUACAGUUGUGUAACACAUGCUUGAUAUUGUAAAUAUUCGUACGUCCAUAUAGAUCAAGGGAACCAAGCAUUAUUGAAGUGCAUGUUACAGUUGUGAAACGCAUGCUUGAUAUUGUAAAUAUUCGCACUUGUGUGUAAAUCUAGGGAACCAAGCAUUAUUGAAGUGCAUGUUACAGUUGUGUAAUACAUGACUGAUAUUGUAAAUAUUCGUACUAGUAUAUAAAUCUAGGGAACCAAGCUUGAUUGAAGUGCAUGUUACAGUUGUGUAACACAUGACUGAUAUUGUAAAUUUUCGCACUUGUAUAUAGAUCUAGGGAACCAAGCAUUAUUUAAGUGCAUGUUACAGUUGUGUAACGCAUGCUUCAUGUUGUAAAUAUUCGUACUUGUAUAUAAAUUAAGGGAACCAAGCAUUAUUGAAGCGCAUGUUAUAGUUGUGUAACACAUGUUUGAUAUUGUAAAUAUUCGCACUUGUGUAUAGAUCUAGGAAAACAAGCAUUAUUGAAGUGCAUGUUCCAAUUGUGUAACGCUUGAUAUUGUAAAUAUUCGUACUUGUAUAUAAAUUAAGGGAACCAAGCAUUAUUGAAGCGCAUGUUAUAGUUGUGUAACACAUGUUUGAUAUUGUAAAUAUUGGCACUUGUAUAUAGAUCUAGGAAAACAAGCAUUAUUGAAGUGCAUGUUACAGUUGUGUAACGCAUGACUGAUAUUGUAAAUAUUCGCACUUGUGUAUAAAUCUAUGAAACCAAGCAUUAUUGAAGUCAUGUUACAGUUGUGUAACACAUGCUUGCAACUGUAAAUAUUCGUCACUUAUAUAUUCGUCACGUAUAUAAACCUGGUAUGAAUAAUGUAACACGUGGUUGAUACUGUUAAUAUUCGUCAAUGGUAUGUAAACCAAGCAUGGGUGAUAUGUCUGUUACAGUUGUGUAACACGUGGUUGAUACUGUAAAUAUUAGUCAAUGGUAUGUAAACCUAGCAUGGGUGAUGUGACUGUUAUAGUUGUGUUAGAUGUGGUUUGUAUUGUAAAUAUUAGUCACUGGUAUAUAACCCUUGCAUGGGUGAUGUGACUGUUACAGUUGUGUAACACGUAGUUGAUACUGUCAAUAUUCGUCAAUGGUAUGUACACCUAGCAUGGGUGAUGUGACUGUUACAGUUGUGUAACACGUAGUUGAUACUGUCAAUAUUCGUCAAUGGUAUGUAAACCUAGCAUGGGUGAUGUGACUGUUAUAGUUGUGUUAGAUGUGGUUUGUAAUGUAAAUAUUAGUCACUGGUAUAUAACCCUUGCAUGGGUGAUGUGUCUGUUACAGUUGUGUAACACGUAGUUGAUAUUGUAAAUAUUCGUCAAUGGUAUGUACACCUAGCAUUGGUGAUGUGUACAUGUGUCUGUUACAGUUGUGUAACAUGUGGUUGAUACUGUAAAUAUUCGUGACCAGUAUGUAAACCUAGCAUGGGUGAUGUGUACAUGUGUCUGUUACAGUUGUGUUAGACGUAGUUGAUAUUGUAAAUAUUCGUCAAUGGUAUGUAAACCUAGCAUGGGUGAUGUGACUGUUACAGUUGUGUAACACGUAGUUGAUACUGUCAAUAUUCGUCAAUGGUAUGUAUACCUAGCAUGGGUGAUGUGACUGUUAUAGUUGUGUUAGAUGUGGUUUGUAUUGUAAAUAUUAGUCACUGGUAUAUAACCCUUGCAUGGGUGAUGUGUCUGUUACAGUUGUGUAACACGUAGUUGAUAUUGUAAAUAUUCGUCAAUGGUAUGUACACCUAGCAUUGGUGGUGUGUACAUGUGUCUGUUACAGUUGUGUAACAUGUGGUUGAUACUGUAAAUAUUCGUGACCAGUAUGUAAACCUAGCAUGGGUGAUGUGUACAUGUGUCUGUUACAGUUGUGUUAGACGUAGUUGAUAUUGUAAAUAUUCGUCAAUGGUAUGUAAACCUAGCAUGGGUGAUGUGACUGUUACAGUUGUGUAACAUGUGGUUGAUACUGUAAAUAUUCGUGACCAGUAUGUAAACCUAGCAUGGGUGAUGUGUACAUGUGUCUGUUACAGUUGUGUUAGACGUAAUUGAUAUUGUAAAUAUUCGUCAAUGGUAUGUAAACCUAGCAUGGGUGAUGUGACUGUUACAGUUGUGUAACAUGUGGUUGAUACUGUAAAUAUCCGUCGCUUGUAUACCAACCAAGCAUAAAUGUCACUGUUACAGCUGUAUAACAUGUGGUUGAUACUGUAGAUAUUCGUCACUUGUAUAAAAACCAAGCAUUAUUGAAGAGUAUGUUACAGUGUAACACCUGCUUAAUACUGUAAAUAUUCCUCACUAGGAUAUAAGUCUGCAUGACCCAAGUAUGUUCUAUGUUUAUAUAACACAUGCUUGAUAUUGUCACUAUAUUUUGUACCAGGGACAAAUGAUGAUUAUCUUCUGAAAGGUUAAUCAGUGUUAGUUUGCAGACAUGCUAUUUUGUGAUAUUGAGAUAUAGUCUUCUAUUAAGAAUAUUUAUAUAAAUGACAAAUGCCGUAUACCUCACAUGUACCAAAUGGGACGUAAUGUUAUGUUUUAAUAAUAGAUCUCUUGGGAGUGAGGCAUUCAUUUAGAUGCAUUUGUUAUUUCACGUAUUUCCUGUAUCUGAAAUGAGAUAUCACAUCGGUAGUAUGCCAUUUUAGAAUACUUUACUCAUAAAGAAUGUUUUCAAUAAUUAUUGUUCCUAAUACAGUUAAAUAUAUUGUAUUUUGGCAAGUAUGGUGUGCACCCCCAGUCAAUAGAUGGAACGGAUAUUACAUGUGCUAAGGUACGCGUGUUUACCUAUGAUACACCUGUGCAAAUGUUGCAAUUGUCAGCCAGAAAUAUCAAAUGUAACUAAAUCUCUUAUAUUUUGUCUAUGUCUAAUCAGUGCAGCGCCAAAUGUCUGCCCUCAAAUCGUUAGACAUUUUAGAAACUUUAACAUUUUAAAAUAGUUUUGAUAAUACAUGUCAUGAUAAUACACUUCUGAAAAACAUUAUCAUUAUUACUCGUGAUAUUAUGGUUUUUGUAAUAAUUUACCCGUUUUUAAAGUGAGGAGAAGUUUUGCUUUGGGUGUUUUACCGAUGUAUUAAGUCAUAGAUUGACAUCAUUAUUAUUCAAUAAAUUUGAUAAUGGUAUGAGGGAAUAACCAUUUUCAAGAUUGCUCUGCAUGAA